GACCAACAGUCAAUCUUUCUCGUGUGGCACUGGUCUUUAGCCUAUGCUUAUCUCUUCUUCCCUUAUCCUAAAGCAGCAGAAGCAGCGUCCCGGGGGGGAGACAUAAUGAGCUCACUGUUGAUUUCACCGCCAGGCCCUUAUGCUCCCACAAGGCUGCCGAGAACAGCCACAAGGGCCACAACCCCUGCCAGAAGGUUACUGAGAAGAAAUCGUAACACGUCAUCAGAAUCCUCAUCAACUAUCAAAAUAACCUGUUCUGCUGCGGACCCGCAACUGGAUUUGGAUGGAAACCCAACCCUACCGGUUAGCAGAAGAGAAUUAAUAGGGCAAGUGCUUGGCCUUGGCCUUCUUGUUUGUAUACAAUCUGCAGCAGCAGCAGAGAGUCCAUGCGACCUUAUCGUGGCUCCUUCAGGCCUGGCCUAUUGUGACAGAAUCAUAGGAACUGGACCCCAGGCCGUGAAAGGACAAUUGAUUAAGGCGCAUUAUGUAGGUAAAUUGGACAAUGGCAAGGUCUUUGACAGCAGCUACAAUCGUGGGAAGCCCCUUACUUUCCGUGUUGGAGUUGGCGAGGUUAUCAAAGGUUGGGAUGAGGGUAUUCUAGGUGGCGAUGGAAUUCCUCCCAUGCUUGCUGGAGGAAAACGUACACUGAAGCUUCCUCCAGAACUAGGAUAUGGCAUGAGAGGAGCUGGGUGUAGAGGAGGUUCGUGCAUAAUUCCUCCUUCUUCGGUUCUUCUCUUUGAUGUGGACUUCAUCGGCAAUUGAAGCAGCAGCAGUUAACAAUAAUUUAUAUUAUCACAUGUGAAACCAAUCCAUUAUCUUACCUCCAUGCAUGGUUAAACCGAAUGGCUUCCAUUCCACUAAUCUUCUUUUAUUAUUUUAUUUUAUGCAAGACUAAAAUAAUAAUAAUAAUAAUAAUAAUAAUAAUAAUAAUAAUAAUAAUUGGUAAAAGUAAUAAAUUAUCAGUAUAUUUAUCUACACUUGAGAUAUAAAUUCAAAUGUGCAUGUGUAUACAUCCAACUAA